UGUAGGGUGGGGAAACAUGGAUAACUUCUGCUUAUCAGGAAAAAAAGCUUAAAAUAGUUUCCACCUAUACUGUUGAUUAUGCUGCACAAAAUGGCAAGAUAAAGUCACCAACACAGAUUCUUCAAAUGGCAAACUUACUAAGCAUGACAUCCUUACUCAAGCAAAGGCCUUUUCUGAUACUUUUUAGCCAUGACUAAAAGAGAUGCGGAGGAGUUGAUAGAAAUAGAAAUUGAUGGGACUGAGAAACAGGAGUGCACUGAGGAAAGCAUCGUGGAACAGACGUACACCACAGCAGAAUUCGUGAGUCAGGCUAUUGAUAUCAAUGAACCGAUUGGAAAUCUUAAGAAGUUGUUGGAACCAAGACUUCAGUGUUCCUUGGAUGCACAUGAAAUCUGCCUGCAAGAUAUCCAGCUGGAUCCAGAUCGCAGUCUCUUUGAUCAAGGAGUAAAGACAGAUGGAACGGUCCAGCUUAGUGUACAAGUAAUAUCCCGGCAAGGAAUAGAGCCCAAGUUAAACAUCCUUGAAAUUGUAAAACCCGUGGAAACUGUUGAGGUAGUUAUCGAUCCAGAUGCCCACCAUGGUGAAGCUGAAGCUCACCUUGUUGAGGAAGCCCAAGUGAUAACCCUAGAUGGCACAAAACACAUUACAACAAUUUCUGAUGAGACCUCUGAGCAAGUGACUCGAUGGGCUGCAGCAUUGGAAGGCUACAGAAAGGAGCAAGAACGCCUUGGAAUACCUUAUGACCCUGUACAGUGGUCAACAGACCAAGUACUCCACUGGGUGGUAUGGGUGAUGAAGGAAUUCAGCAUGACUGACAUAGACCUCAAUACUCUUAGUAUUCCAGGCCGAGAGUUAUGUAGCCUCAAUCAAGAGGACUUCUUCCAGAGAGUCCCUCGUGGAGAAAUCCUUUGGAGCCACCUGGAGCUUCUUCGAAAAUAUGUAUUGGCCAGUCAAGAACACUCUGGAGAAAUAGCUACAGUUACUAUUGAUCAGCCUGUGCAAAUUAUUCCAGCAUCUGUACAGCCUGCUACCCCAACCACCAUUAAAGUAAUAAAUAGCAGUGCAAAGGCAGCUAAAGUACAGAGAGCACCAAGAAUCUCGGGAGAAGACAGAAGUUCACCUGGGAACAGAACAGGAAACAAUGGCCAGAUUCAGCUAUGGCAGUUUUUGCUAGAACUUCUUACUGACAAAGAUGCUCGAGACUGUAUUUCUUGGGUUGGCGAUGAAGGGGAGUUUAAACUCAAUCAACCUGAGCUGGUUGCACAGAAAUGGGGACAACGUAAAAAUAAACCCACCAUGAACUAUGAGAAGCUUAGUCGUGCUCUACGGUAUUAUUAUGAUGGAGAUAUGAUCUGCAAAGUACAAGGCAAGAGGUUUGUGUACAAAUUUGUCUGUGACUUGAAAACUCUGAUUGGAUAUAGUGCAGCAGAGCUGAACCGAUUGGUCACAGAGUGUGAGCAAAAGAAACUGGCAAAAAUGCAACUCCAUGGCAUUGCACAGCCAGUCACAGCAGUGGCACUAGCUACAGCAUCUCUGAAAACUGAGAAAGACAAUUAAGCACUAGGACUUGAAAGAGGGAUUCUGAGGCCUUUCAUAUAUACUCAGAGCAGUUACCUUUAUCAGAAUUGGAAGCUUCUUUUUAUUCCUUGACAUUACAGUAUGAUGCAUGAUUUUCUACAAAGAACUGAGACACCCAUAAAUUUGGAUCUUUAACAGCAUAUAUUUCAGUGUAUCUGAAGGGAUCACCACAACUACUUCAGUGUGAAGACAGGUCCACUGCGGCAUGUAGUCUGCUGAAUUUGAUAAGUAAUGCUGAACUGGUCCAUGUUGUAUGUCCAGCACUAUAAAAGAUUUGUUGCAGCAUUUAAGAAAAGUGAAGCAUCUACAGGAAACAGACUGGUCAAUAGUUUGAAUUCAACGCUUUCUACAGUUUUUUUUAUUCUCGGGUCAACUACAAAAUGGAAUUGGAUGUUUACACAGUUAAAGCAGGAGCUGCCCUUAAACAUGCCUGUUAAUCUCAUCUAAUCAAGCAGAGCAGAAGGAACAGACACAUUAAAUAAUACAAAGUAUCAAGUCCUUAAGACAAUUUCUCUGCUUACAAGCAAAGAAAACUAAGAAUAAACAAAACUGAAGAUCAGUGCUGAAGAAAAUCCAGGUUUAAUUCUGGCUUAGAUGAAAAGCCAAUUAUGAGUUUCAUUGUAAUAUGUAGAUAACAGGCAUAUACGAGGGCAGGUUCUUAACUUUUUUGAAACAUGUUAUGCUGGCUACUCAGCAAAAGAAAAUAAAGAUGUCCCUGUUUUUUCUGUCAGGUGUUUAAAAACUUGUAAAGUUAUUCCUCACUUGAAGAGUAGUUUUGAUUCUUGCUCUAUACUGCAAAGUAUAUUAACCAAUACUCCUUAUACCUGCACUAUAGUUGAUCUUAAUGACCUGAAGACUUAAGUUAAUCAUAUUCAGCAGUCCCUUCCUGUUUAGAAACAUGAGUUGCAAAUAAGUUUAUAAAAAUCUGAAGUUUGACUUUCAGAUUAUUGUAUAAUCUGCCCUAUUAAAAUAUGAAAAAUAUAGUUUAUUUAAAAUUAGUUUCUUUUCAAAUUUCAGAUAAUGUGUUAUGGCCUCAGAAACAAAACUACACAUUCCUGGGAACUAAGCGGGACACAGUUACAUAUUUACAUAUAUUUUUCAAAAAUGUAUAAUUGGAUUGUAUCCUGAAUCCAGAGACUGGUAUAAAUACUACUUUAUUCAGGCGUAUACAUGUUAAUAUGUACACACUGUGUCUCCAUGAUUUGUGAGCUUUCCCAUUAAUAUCUUACUAAACCUCUUCUGUUAGUCUGAAUAGAGCACUUUUUUUACUUUUUGCCCCUUUGUUUAAACAGUAUGAAUAUUUUGUUACCAUGCAUUUUUGGUGUUCUUGUAAGCAGAUUUUUUUAAAAUAAGGAACCAUUAGCAGAAGCUGCAGUGUCACUUGACAAGUAGUAAAAAUAUAAUUGCAUAGGAGAAAAUCUUUAGUACUAUGUUGAAAGGUCAAGUUACUCUUAAAACUCUUAAGUCAAGAAUCUGGCUAUACUGACAGAUGCUUUAAUGUAUAAUUUACUUAAACUGAGUGGUGGAAGCACUUUUUUAUUGUUAUUGACAAGUAAAGAGAGACUGGGGUUUAUUUUUUAAGGAUAUGUGUGGAAUCUGGUUGUUUUCUUGGAGGUGCAUCUAAGUGCCCUUGCUGUAGACCUUAGGAUUUCUCGUAUUCUGUUUUGUCCAUCUACCAUUUAAGUUUCUCUAGUUACAGUUUUAGCUUCUGUUGUCAAAUUCCUCCAAUGACUUUUAAUUUACCAUCCUUGAAUUACUAAAAUACUCCCUCAUUUGCCAACAGGCUGAGCAUGCAGCUUUUGACAGAUGUAUUCACUUUACAAGAAGCUACACAAAUCCUGCUUAGUCCUUUACAAAUCCAUUAGUUACAGAUAUGGGUACAUCAGUCAGAAGUCAAGUCAUAUGUCUAGCUUGUAUGACUGCUAUAGUAUAGUUGUAGCCCAUUUUCACUAUUUAUCAAGCAUUUGAAAUCUCUUAUGUAAAUAGCUGAAGUCUUUCUCUUAGGAAAGGGGGAAACUAGAUUGUAAGUUGUGUGGCUAAGACUUUUUUCUGUGUUUGCAAUUCCAUGUGUAUUGCUCUGUUCCACACAAGCCACAUUUCAAGUAGCUAAUUAAUAAAUGCGAUACAAACACCCCUUACAACACUGAUGUCUUUCUAACAGAUCUAAAAUACUACAAGUGGACAGAGAGAAGAGUUUAAAAUGACCAAUAAAAUCAGUCUAAUGAAGAAUGAAUUAAUAUCAAAGCUAGCAAGUAAAAUUGAUGCUUUACCCUUGAAUUUACGCAGAAUAGAAUAAAACUAUUAGGAAAGAUGGUGUCAAAACUUCUCUUGUAAAUACAUCUUAUUAUUUUGAAGCCCUUUAAUUUAGUAACUAUUAUCCCCUUUGGAUUUGUCUAUAUGCAUUUUAUUUUCUGGUAGAAUCUGCUGCUUUUCCACCAUGUUCUUUUAAUUAAAAAAGGACCAAUGCAGUUUUCAAUCAACAUAGAGCCGUUGUCAAAUUUCCUGUAGCUAAGGGAGAAAUCUGACUAACUUGAUGUCUUCAAUUAAAUAAAGGAUGUAGAAUAUUAUAUGUCAAUAUAAUUGUUCUGUUGCUGCCAGAAAAAAAUAGAAAGUAUAAUCCCAAUUUUUUGUAAAACUAAGGGGUUUUGCAUACAUUUUUACUCUUUAAAUAAAGACACUUAUACUCUGCUAAUAAUUAUGUAUUUCUUUUCUUUUGAAUUUUUUGGGUAAUUUUACAUGAAACAAUUAUUUUCUAUUUUUACUCUGAUGAAAUAUUUGUGCAUAAAAUGUCAAUAUAGUAAAAUAAAACAUAAAACUGUUACACAGCUAA